AUGUCGACCCCAAGCCAUCACAACCGUGGCCUGCCCUUCCUGCAUCGGAAUUGGCUCAAGGCUACCAACCACUGGGACGCCAAGAUGGGCAACAAGUCUUCUUCCCAGACACGCGACGCCGGCGACAAGCUCGCUGAUGUCGACCACCAAGUCCGGCGUGCGGCAAAACGCCGCCGUCUCGAUGAUGAUUAUGAUGGCUUCCCGCUAUUUGAGAACUAUGGCACCGCCCAGCGCGCCCUCCGCAUUGAGGUCCUCAAGAUCAGCCACAAGGACUCGCCGCGGGUGAAGAACGGUAUCUUUAAUGGGGUCAUCGCCCCCAACGUUAGGGAUGUCGUACAGGUCAAGGCCCGCUGCAAACUCACUAUUAGUGGCUACAAGGGCGGCGAAGCGGUGGUUUUGCACGUCGACAGCCAGGUUUGCGAUAUCCGCCUCUUCAAAAACCCCGCUGGCUCGUCUCCCAUGGCCCGGUUUUCCUCCAUCCGACCCUUUCACGUCCCGGAAGAGAAGAUUUUUCUUGAACGCGACGACGAUGCCGUCUUCGGUCUCGCCAACACUUACUCAGUCCUCGUUGAACUCGAGUCUGCCGGCGACUCCAACUGGCCGCCGACCGAUCUCGUCCCAAUUAGCGAUGAGGACACAUUCUACAACAGGGGGCUCCCGUCCCGCCAGUGGGUGCUCACCGCCAACAUCGCCGACCUCUUUAGCAGCCGCAACCGCAAGUCGGUCCGCCUGCGGGUAAAGAAGCAGCCCGUUCAUGACGUUGCCACCAACUUUCUCAUGGACAUGGAUGUUCGCUGGUUGACGCCCAUAUCGAGCCAGCGGAGACCGCGAGAACAUACUAAGGAUAUCCAGCCUUCCAUCUUGGUGUAUGAUCCUCACGAGCCCGCCGCGCCUCUUGUUAACGGCAAUACUAAUCCCCCUACCGCCGUGAACGGCACGAACACGCAUCGUCAUGACUCUCAGGUCAAUGGCGAGGGGGAGCAUGCAUCAAAUGGGCAAGUGAACGGGUCCGUAGCCGAUCCUGCCGAAGAGCUGGCCGAGGGCGAGCUCACUCCCGGUCGCUCUCGGCGAACAAGGCUAGACAUCAACUACAAUGUCAAGCAGAUGUGGAACAACGCAGUAGGAAAGGAGACCAGGAAGCGACGGAAGCUUGGAGAGGAUCACAGCCAGCUUGACGAGCACACAAUCACAUACCUGCUCCCGCCGGAACAGGUACAAACGGACAAGUUUGCCUGUCUGCUGUGUGGUGCGGAGAACGACCGUCUCUGCCAGCUGCGUGCUCACUACCUGAGUCACCCGCAGUAUGAUUUCCACUUUGAAAUCAAGCCCAAGGCGGGGUACUGUGUUACCGUGAAACCGAAUGCCGAUGGCCGCGGCUCACCCUUGCGACCGAAGGUGUACCAGCUCGGACUACCCGUCAAGCCCCUCGAUCUGGAUAAGUACGUCAACGGAGACGACUCAUGGGUCACCUCCCGUCUCGGCCCAGACGAUGGCCGUGAAAUCUUCGAAGAUACUGCUCCGCAAGGGGGACGUACCAAACUCACCACCAAGCGGACCCGUCGGAAGGUUCUCGUCCCCAAGUCUAAACAGCCCCUCUUCGACCCGCUCAGCAAAGUCCGGCUCCAACCCGGCACGCCGGUCCCACAGUACCAAAUUGACGACUCGUGGCUCCUGCUCAAGCACCGCGACAACCUACAAGAUUUCAUCGAUCUCAACGCGGACGAAAAGGAGUAUCUCCAGGUAUGGGAUGCCUUCAUCCUGCGCCAGCACAUCUCCUCGCCGCAGUAUCUACCCCGCAACUUCGUGCGGUUCGUGCGCGAGAACGCCGCCUGGCUCUCGGCGAAGCGAUCGAGGACGGACGAGUUUAGCAGACACGUUGCCACGCUACUCGCCCGCGGCGUCCUGCCGGACGAAGCCGUCUUCCAGGCCACCCGGCUCCUGGAAGACGCGCGGAGCCGCCGCGCCGCGGGCGAGGAACUGGCCGACGAGCCGGCGUCUACCUUGCAGCCUGUUAGGAACAAGGCUUCGGGCGGCUGCUGUACCGCGUGUGGCGGGCCCGUGCCCCCGGCGACCAUGUUGGUUUGUGCGAACAAGGAAUGCGACAAUCGGCUUUAUCACGAUGCGUGCGUGGAAGACACGGAGGAGGCGGUGGCGAAGGGGAGGCAUUGGAGGUGCAAGGCUUGCUCGUAG